CUGUCUCGCAAUAGCUUAAUGCAGUUUUCAUAUUCUCUCAAAGAAGCAGGUUCGAGUCUCUCCGCCAUUUCUUCAAUAGUGAUUUUUAAUAGUAGACAGUGUAUUAUAAUUGGAUAAUCGAUUGGAGAGAUGAAAUUUCUUGUGAUUUUUGUUCAUAUACUUUCCGUUGCCGUAAUCAUUCGAGCAAAUGGAAUAAACGAAAUCUUGAAAAUUAUGACCAUUUCUAUGAAAGAUGUACGCUACUGCAUGAUACACAUGGGCUUGAACAUUAAGGAUUUCAUAAAGAUGCAGGAACUUUUGAAAGAGGAAGACAUAUCGGAGGAAAAUAUAAAAAAAUAUUUGGCGAAUUACAGUUGUUUCAUUACGUGCACUUUGGAAAAAUCUAAUAUAAUGCAAAAUGAUGAAAUUCAGUUGGACAAGUUGGUAGAAAUGGCGGAUAGCAAAAAUAUAUCCAUAGACGUGAAAAUAUUAAGCGAAUGCGUCAACGAAGCGAACAAAGGUACGGACAAAUGCGAGAAUGGAUUAAACUUUAUAAUUUGUUUUUCGAAAUUCUUAAGCGAUAUGUAAAGCACAAAUUGAAGAUAUUUUAAAGCACAGAAGCUACGUAGAUCAAAUUAUCAAUUUGAAUUCAAAAAAAAAAAAAAAACGAAGUUUGUAAUUAAUAAUAAUGAAAUAAAUAAAUGAAACUUG